CCUUUCACCAAGCAACAGCCGAUCUAUUGUAUACGUGGACGUUAAUAUUUAUCGAAAAUCCGAAUAAAAUUCAAACAAUUAAUGCAUCUUGUGUUAUUUCCUGUUCUCAUUAGUAGUUAAUUAAUUAGGAUGGAUUUCAAUUUUAGUCGGGAGAGGGGACAUUUGCCAACUUCCGAAUUUAAUAAUCAUCCCAAACAUUAUUUUUACUCGUCCAACGAGCCAGAUUUGGCCAGGAGUUACAGAAAUGCUGUGAUGCCCGUAAAACCCCCACCGUCGCGAGGGGUCCUCUUUCCACCGUCCACAUCACAGCUACAAAAUAAUGGACAAGCCGACUUUACCAUAACUUCGCAAACAGUUUUCGGAACUGUGACUCAAAUUUACGACAUAUUUGGAAUAAUUGGGGAAAAUCACAUCCUCUUCUCACUAAAAACCGUGAGCGGUCCCAUCAUUCCAAAAAUUGGGGAUAAAGUUGUCGCCGAAGCUUUCCCCGUUUCUGGAAUGCCGUUCAAACUAAAUGCUACUAAGGUUAGUAUCGUGGAUCACGAUUUGACAUGCAGCUCCACACUCAGUUUUGAUCAGCGAGAUGAAACCAGUCGUCAUGACAACCCUACAGUUCAAAUGGAACAUUCCUCAAAUAAAUUUAUAGGAAUCGGAAGCUCACUCACUUCUGAUGCAGAAUUCGAAUCUGUUCCCUGCAACGUAAUUCCAAUAGUGGCAAAAAAACAGGACGACCACACCAGUCCCACACCUAUUCUUCCCCGACUAUCCAAACAAGAACAGCGAGACGAAGAAAAAAAAGCGGUCAAGAAAAAGAGAGAGCAUUUAAAGAAAUUAGCCAAACUUGAACAAGCCCAACUGGAGGCGUUACUCGUUUUAAAAAAAGAGUCACUCAAAGUCUCUGGAGUUGCUGCGGGUGAGAAAAAAUCGGCUGCGGUUGAAUACGCCGCAAAAUCAAAUUGUUCUUCUGGGAGGAAGAAAUUGUCAAAAUUACAAGAAAAAAUGAAGAGGGAAAUCGCCGACAAGGAAAAAACCAUGGCGCAACUCCGUUUGGAGAAGGUCACCGAUAAUCGGCAGGGUGCCAACAAGAAGAAAGUUAAAAGCCUUUGGAAAGAAUGGGCGAAACGGGGUGAAGGCUCCACCUGGAAAAGUCGAAUUAAUUCAAAGAAGACUAGUUAAGUUUGCCAAGCAAGUAAAUUGAUGACGUAUUUUUUUCUAGAAAUGGUUCGAGUUCCAAUAAAAAUCACGUUGUUAAAUUUAUGCAAUAAGCAUUUUCAAUACGAAAUAUCUAUUUCGUAAUAAAGUUCACGUGUGGUGAAAGAGUGCGAGACUUUCUAGCUAUUGAGAUACAUAAAUAGACAUGUGCAACGCAUUUAUAAUAGAGAUAUGCAUUUAUAUUUAUAAUAAAGAGGAAUAUUAUUAAAUUUUUAUGGUUAAAC